AUGUAAAGAGGACCAACCUGCCGUCAUAAAAGCCCAAUAUACUCCAUUGUAAAAGCCCUCGUAGGAAAACACCUUCUUCUCCAACAAGAAAAGCAAAGUUAAAACCCCAGGUAAACAUCCCAGUCUUUCUCUCCCACACGCUCGCAUUGUCGGCUUUUCCUCUCUGCGUCUUCAAGCAAUAAACCAUGGGUGAUAGCCAGUACUCCUUUUCUCUCACUACUUUCAGUCCUACAGGAAAGCUAGUACAGAUUGAACACGCAUUGACUGCCGUUGGAUCAGGCCAAACUUCUCUCGGAAUGUUGCUUGUUAGAUGCACACUGAAUCAUAUUUUUAUAGAAUCAAGAAUCCGGAAUGGUCAUUUCAGACGCAGAGAAAAGAAUUCCAGAAGUGGAGAUGUUAAAAUGUGGAAAAGCGACAGGGUCUAUAUAGACAAACAUGGCAAAUGGCGAAUCUUUGAUCAGAAAAAGAUGUCCAGGAAACGAUGUGGCUCUUUGAGGGGACAAGGAUGGAAAUAUGGAUCUGGAUUUGUUGAUGGAUUUUUCCCAGUGCUAAGUCCUGUUGCUCAUCAGAUUCUGAACUUUGUGUGGAAAGAAGUGGAUCCGAAUAAUGUCUGGGCUGUUCUUGAUACACUUCCUGUCACUCACGAGACUUGGGAUGAUCUUGUUAAUGUAGCCUUCCAACUUCGUUUGAAUAAACAAUGGGAUCCAAUUGCAUUGAUAUGUCAAUGGAUAUUGUACAAUAGCUCCUUCCAGACUGAUGUCAUGUGCUCCAAUUUACUAAUAGAUGCUUAUGGGCAUAAAUCUUUGUACAAGAAGGCAGAAGAAACAUAUGUUGAUCUUCUUCAAGCCAGGUGUAUCCCUACUGAAGACACUUAUGCCCUUCUUAUAAAGGCUUACUGUGCAUGUGGAUUGUUAGAAAAAGCUGAAGCUGCCUUUGUUGAUAUGCGAAAGUAUAGCCUUCCUCCAAGUGCAAUUGUAUACAAUGCUUGUAUUGAUGGGUUAAUGAAGGCUGGAACCCCUCAAAGAGCAAUUGAGAUCUUUCAGCGAAUGAAAAGUGAUGGCUGCCAGCCCUCUACUGACACAUAUACACUGUUGAUCAACCUUCAUGGGAAGGUAAGCUCAGUGGUAUUUGGUUCUGAAUUAUUCUGCAAAUCUGAUCUUCUUGAAAUUCCUAUGGGAGAGCUGGCCUUCACGAGGGUAAGAUGCGUAUGGGAUAGCUGGCCUUCAUGAGGGUAAGAUGCUUGAACCAAAUAAUAUCAAUGUACUUCAUCAAGUGAGAAUUGUAGAAUAAUUAAGCUCCAGAGAAUUUGGGAGCAGUUUGAGCAUGUAAUGGUUUAAAAACGUUCGGAUCAACUACGAACUUGAAGGGAUCUAUAUUGCAACAUUGGAUUAUAUUUGGGAACAGUGUUCAAUUUUAUUCUGGAGAUCUGCCAUAAUCUUUCUAAGAUUUCCUAGGAAACAAGAUAAAGUUGUAUGAGAUAUUAUCAGGCUAUCAGCAUUUCAUCCAUUUGCGACACCUUUCCUA